CUCUGGCGUGCGCGCAGGCGGUUGCGGUGGCCUGCGGUCGUGAGCGGUCGUGCUCUUGCUUUAGCACACCGUUGCAGACGUCCCCUUUUUGACUUGAGCGCGCUCAGCGGCCAAGCCCACCGGCCGUGCGAGGGUGGCCUGUGGCGGAGGACGUCCGAGGCAGCACGAGAGGGGCGCGCCAUGUUCGCCCCCCGCUCGGCCGGGGCGCUCGGGCAGCUCCGAGUGUGGGCCGGUGGGGCGUGCCGGGCUCGCCGGGCCCGGUCGUCCGGCUCCGCGGGGUCGGAGCCCGAGGCCCCAGCGGAGUGGGCGCUGCGGGUGAGCCCGUUCGGGCGGCUGCGGGCGCGGCUGCCGUGCCGCCUGGCCGUGAGGCCGCUGGACCCCCUCGCCUACCCGAACGGCGACCGCGUGCUGGUGGCGGCGAGCGCGGCGGGCGCGUCCGGCCUGCGGGUGGCGUACGACGAGGCGCUACGCGAGGUGGCCGUGCUGUCCGACUCCCUCGACCCGCGGGGGUCCGUGGAGGUGGCCGCGCCGCUCCACUUCGACUUGAAUAUCAAGUCAUCAGGGUCUGGCUGUGUAAAAGUCCAAAAUUUUGAGUGUGAUAAUUGUAAAAUUGAAACUGAGCAGGGGACCAGCAUCUUACAGUCUCUUAAGAGUCAAAAAUUACAUGUUCAAACAAAAGGAGGCAAAGUGAUCUGUCUGGGAACAAUUUAUGGAAAUAUAGAUAUUCAUGCAUCAGAUAAAAGUACUGUGACCAUAGAUAAACUGCAGGGAAGUUCUGUUAGUGUAUCUACUGAAGAUGGUUUGCUGAAAGCCAAGUAUCUUUAUACAGAUUCGUCAUUUCUAUCUUCUGCUGCUGGGGAUAUUACAUUAGGAAGUGUUCAUGGUGAUAUAACGUUACAUAGCAAGAUGGGUAACAUCACAGUAGAUUCAUCCUCUGGAUGUCUAACAGCCUCGACUCAGCAAGGUGCCGUAGAUGUUUAUGUCAGCCAACUGGGAAAAGUGGAUUUGAAAGCCCACAAAGGCUCUAUUGUUGUAAAGGUCGCAUCUUCUCUUCAAGCUCAUUUACAGUUAUCAGGGAAGGAGGUUGAUCUGAACUCAGAAGUCCAUGUUCAAGAAAUGGCUGAAGCUCGUAAAGAGAAUGGUGUGAUAAUUACUGGGCUCAUGAAUCAAGCAAGCACACGUGAAAAAUGGAUCAAGGCUGAUGCCCCGCAAGGCACUGUGAGUUUCAGAAGUCAGAGCUGGUUUCAGUCCCUGAAACUGCAGGACUAAGAAUGGUUUGAGUUGUGUUUGUAAUUUUGAACAAUGACUAGCAUAUCAAUGACUACCAAAAUGCAGAUACCACUGUUGAUGUAGAUGCUGAAAACAACCAAGUGGAAUAAAUACUAGUGAAUUGUCUUGGGGGGAGCUUUCCAGAAUUUGUACUUGGCUAUUGUAUUAGUUUUCCAUUGCUCUGUAACAAAUUACCACAAAUGUAUUGACUUACAGUAACAGCCAGUCAUCAGCUCACAGUUCUGCAGGUCAAGAGCCCAGCGUGGCUAGGUGCCCUGCUCACAGGAUCCGCAGGCUGGACUCACCCUGUUGGCCGGGCUGAGUUCUCAUCUGGGUGCUCAGGGGGCAAAUCUACUUGCAAGCUCAUUCAUAUUGUUGACAAACUGCAGUUUCUUGUGACUGUAGGACUGAGGUCUCCAUUUUCUUGCUGGCUGUCAUUUGGUGAUCCUUCUAAGCUGCUAGAAGCCACCUGCAUCCCUUCUCAUGUGGCCCUCUCCAUCUUCAAGCCAGCACUAAUGCAUUCAGUUCUUUUCAGGCUUUGAGUCUCUGACAUCUUCUGCAACCAGCUGGAGAAUACUCUGCUUUUAAAGGGCUCCCUGGACUAGGUGAGGCCUACGCGGGAUAGCCUUUGUUCUGCCAUUUCAUGUAACAUAAUCAUGGCAGUGAUAUCUCCUCAUAUGCACAGUUUCCACUCACAGUCGAGAGGAGCAGAGUGUACAAAGGCAUGGGUAACGGGGGCAGGUAUCUUAGCAUUCUUUGUACCAUAGUUCUCAUGUAACAUGUUCUCUACUUAGUACUUCUCGUGACAUCAAUGUAAACUUAAGCUGUGAAUAAAACAUCAUAAAUGCCAUGCGGUUGCUGCUGAUUUUUAAUUUUUUUUGCAUAAUUUGUAUGACAUAACUUGUUGCAGGGGAAAACAUUCAGCUAUUUUAUAGCCUGAUGUGUGAAGAUAGAUUUUCACCUUUAUAAUGGUGUACUGUAUAAAGUUACUUUAUGAAUUUUCUUUCUUUCAGACCUUACUUGUUUACUCCUGGAACGUUUAAAUUAUACAGCACUGAAUAGACCUUUCUAUUGGAUUAUAUUUUUUAUGAUUAGGAUAAAUCAGUUCUUAAACAUUUAUUUCUAAUAAAUCUUUCCAAAUAUUGUGAUUUAUAACAGCCUCUCUCUGUUAGUAUUUCAUUUAUUUAGAGUUCUCUGUUUUAACUUCUUAUUUAUAGAAAAGUCAGCUUUGUGGGAUAUCUCAAAGUCUCCUUUUAGUUCACCUUUCAUGAAAUCAAAAUUUGUACCAGUUUGGACGAUACUCACAUGUUAGCAUGUUUUAUGUGGUUGUGGGGUGUGUGUGUGUUAAAUUAUUAAGUAGAGGAAACUGUAAGGCAAUGAGGCAAUUUUUAUAAUCUUUUUUUACCCUCAUGCAAUUAUAUAAACAUUUUCAUGACUAAAAAUGAACUUUAUGAAAUUAGUCAACAACUAACUGCCAGAAAGGUCAUGAGCACAAUAGCAGUCAGCUGUAUUUAGAAUUGUUAAAGGAAUCAUGUGUAUGCAUUUGAAUCACAUAGUCAAGUCCAAACAGAAAGGAAAAGCUGCCAUAUUUUGCUCUCUUAAACACAGACCCACGCGCAUCAAAUGCUUAAGAGCUGAAGACCUGAGUGAUAUUUUGGAUGCCUUGAGUGCUUUGCACUGAGAACUUGAGGAUUUCGCCACCUGUUCACUCUACUUCCACCUGUUUACACUUCUUUUCAUAGCCCACUUUUUCUAACACCUACCCCUUUUCUUUCAUUUCUGUAGCUAUAAAAUUUGUCUCCCCAUAAUGAACAAAUGUGUCUCCCAUUCUUGUUUAAAAGAGGAUCUUCCUCAGAGAGUUUUGGAGCGAGCUCUGAUGGCUGACCCCCUGCUUGGUCUCUGGAGAGCAUAACAGGGAGUGUUCCUCCUCACCUUGGUCCUCCUCAUGCGAGUAUCAUUCCUUUGGAAAGCAGUUGCCUCUGUUAAAGGUCUCUCCAGUUGUGUGUUGAGACACUGAGGGGUCAGACACUUAGAGGUCAGAAGCCAGCUUUUAUGCAGCUGCCAGAAAUCUCCACAUUUAGUUAAAAAUAAUCACCCUCUUGGAACAGUCUUUUUUUUUGUGCUGAGGAAGAUAUGCCCUGAGCUAACGUCUGUUACCAAUCUUCCUCUUUUUUUGCU